UCCUUCUCACAAGAUUACAAUAACUAUCACAACAGAAAGUAAACUCAGUCGCGCGUGUCUUUACUCCCCUGGAGCAAAGUCGCAGACAUCAGCCCAAGGAUCGAUACGUGAUGUCACCGGCGGUGGUGUCACUUACUGAUCCUUCAGAAAUGCUUGGGAAAAUGUAGCGUGUGUAGAAGCUACCGCGCUACUCGUACAAUAAAAGAGCUUCGUUACUGAAAAGCUAUUUGAUUCAGAAAAUAGCGACGCUACCACCAAGCUACUGAGAAAUGUAGUUAAACUAGUAACGACUGCCCGACACUGCGCGCACACACAAGUCAAUCAGUAUAUCGUAGCUUGUCCAAAAUUGGUUGGGGAUAGGGUAGAAACAUGACGUGCUGUAUGAUCUUUUGACCUGCACAACAUCACAUCAAUGCGACCUGGGUUAGUUAGAAGAGUUUUAUAUACACCAACCUGAUGAACUUUUGUGCUGUGCGUGUAGGAGGAAUACAUGCGCGAGCAGAUCGAAUGGCAGCAGCAGCCCUUCAGCCACAACCAGGCCUGUCUUGACCUCAUCGCUGCUAAGCCUCAUGGGAUACUGCGCAUACUGGACGACCAAUGUGGUUUCCCUCAGGCAACAGACCACACGUUCCUUCAGAAGUGCCACUAUCACCAUGGAAACAACCCGCUAUAUGCCAGGCCAAAGAUGCCACUGCCAGAGUUCACCGUGAAACACUACGCUGGGAAGGUCACAUAUCAGGUGCACAAAUUCUUGGAUAAAAACUUUGACAUGGUCCGCCAGGAUGUUUUAGACCUCUUCAGCCACAGCAAGAAUAGAAUGGUAUCCAGCAUCUUCUUAAAGCACUCAGAGUCUGUGUCUCAGCAGCGGUCUAACAUGCGGCGCAGCAGCGCGGCUCGUCGUUAUCAGGCUAACACCGUCAGCGCAAAGUUCCAGAGCAGCUUGCAAGAGUUGCUGGAGAAGAUGGAAAGGUGUAACCCUUAUUUUGUGCGAUGCAUGAAGCCAAACCAUCGUAAGGAGCCUGGAGUGUUUGACAUGGAGCUGAUCAGCACUCAACUACAUUACUCUGGUAUCAUGGAGACCAUCCAUAUCAGGAAGGAGGGAUAUCCGAUCAGAAUGCACUUUCGCAGCUUCCUAUCAAGGUAUAAAGCCCUUCUCUGCCUGAGGGAUCUUCCACCUGCAGAUGGAGAAAACUGUGUCACCAUGCUCCACAAGCUCGGUCCGGUCAAGAACGGAUCGUAUCAGCUGGGAGUCAGUAAGAUUUUCCUGAAAGAGGAGCUGUAUCAGUUGUUGGAGGGGAAGCGUGACCGCUUGCUGAACAUCGCUGCCAUGACGCUGCAGAGAUACACCCGCUUGUGUUUUGCCCGGAAGAAAUUUACCAAAUUACGGCAGUGUGUGACACUGUUUAAAGCUCGAUGCAGAGGAUACCUGUGCAGAAAAAAGUUUGCUCUGAGGAGGAAGUACCUCAUCAGGUUCCGCUCCGCCGUGCUGCUCAUCGUCAACCGCCAGCGUUACAUGAGGACAGUGGUAGAGCCUGCAAGGAAAGCAGAGGAGGAUCGCAUCAAUAGAGAAGUGGUGAAUGUGACAACACUGCCUAUCCCUGCUGAGCUGGCAGCCCUGCUACAGGCAGCCUCAGGUGGUGAAGAGCUGCAUUCUGACUGCUUGGCGGUGGUCCAGGCCCCAAAGGUUCAGGUUGACCCCCAGCUGACCCUGCCCCUGGAUAUCAACAACUACCUCAUGACACACUACAUCCGGGCCAUAUUUAGGGAACCGUUGUUUGGGAUGCUGACAGCCCCGCUGGAGAGUUCUCUGACUCGAAUGGAUGAGGAGCUAAAACAAGGAGCCUUGAACGUUUUCAUUCUGAUACUGAGAUUUAUGGGUGAUCCUAACUUGAAUGGGGCUCAGGAGAAUCUGUUUGGGAACUACAUCAUCCAGAGAGGACUUGCCAAUCCCAGCCUCCGAGAUGAGAUCCUGGCUCAGGUAGCCAAUCAGGUGUGGAGGAAUCCUAACAUUUUGAAUUCAGAGCGUGGUUGGCUUCUCCUCUCCUCCUGUCUUUCUGCUUUCCUGCCGUCGCAAAGGCAGGCCAAGUACUUGCUGAAGUUUGUGUCUGACUAUGGGCCGGAGGGCUACGACUGUGUGUGUCAGCACCGUCUGCUUCAAGCUCUGCAGCAGAUGAAUGUAGGGCCAGAGUAUGUCCGAACAUACCCACCCUGUCUACUAGAGUGGACCGCCAAUCGCAAGAAAGCUCACACUGUUCUGCACAUACACUGCUUCGAUGGUGUGUCCUUCCUGUGUCCUCUACACUCCUGGACGACAGGAGAAGAAAUGGCCAAAGACAUCUUACAACACAGGGGUGUGGUGGAGGGCCGUCGAGGCUGGUCGGUGCUGUUGAAGGAGCCGGCUCAGUGGGUGGAGCUGGAAGGCUCUGACUAUGUUCUGGAUCUGAUGUCAGACCUGGAGCUUUCUGCUGACUUCCCCAAACACAACAGCUACUUCAUUAUCUCUGCACAGGAACCAACCAGAGUGCGGGCCAAUGCCAGCAUAAGCCUGUUGGGUGGUGGGUUUAACAUGAAUGACGAUGUCAUAUCUUCAGCCAUAACUGGCUUUGAUGGUCCAGACUUGGAGCCUCAGAAAGGGAUGGAUCGUUAUCUCGACAGCCUGUUUGACCCUGUCCUCUCUGACGGAGCUGGAGAGGUAGAAUCUGCUGCAGGACUGUACAGUAGGAUGAAGGGGGCUGGAGGAGUUGGAGGAGGGUGGCAACAGCAAGGGCAGUCAGCCGGCCCUCCACCUCCACCUGGAGCUGUGAGAGUCCUUCCUGUGGGAGGUGUGAUGUCGCCUCCUAUUGCUGCAGUGGCACCUGUAACACUUGAUGAACGGCAGGCUGUUUUGGCCCAGCAGCAGCAGGCUAUCGUGAACCAGCAGGCCAUCAUCAUGGCCCAGCAGAUGACCAUGCAGGCCAUGGCCAUGGUCGGCAGCCCAGUGACAAGCCCCCCCACCUCACCAAUCACAAGCCCUCCCAUGAGCCCUCUGCUCCACCACCCUCCCAGCCCGUACACCCCCGCCAGCCCCUAUGCUGUCAUACCCCCGAGUCCAUACGCUAACAUCCCACCCAGCCCCUACGCUAACUUCACUCCCACUACGUAUGCUGCAGCAAACAUCCCGCCUCAAGCUCAGCCUCCUGCUGAGCCCCAGACUCAGCCUCCGGCUCCCCACAACAACCCCAACCCUCAGCCGAGUGCCACCAAAACCAACAAACCAGAGCCACCACAGCUUAAAGCUAAUGCUGCUGCACAGGUUCAGUCAGGUAAGGACAGCGUCCCUCGGAGGAAGGCUCCUGGCAUUCCCAUAAACAAGGACACACGAGUCAAGAAGUUUGCCCCAGUGGUGACAUCUCCUCCUCCCCCUGCUGAAGAGGUGGUGAAGUACUCAGCUCGGUCUUCGGAUGCGAUCGUCCCCAGCCAAGAUAUCCAAGAAAUUAUCAAAAGGUACAACUCCCCACCUCCACCGCCAGACCCACUGCCACCUGGCAAAAGGAGACCAGAGGGGAAGUUUAAGAAGAUGCAAACCCCUCGUGAUGAAGCUUUACAGAUCCUCAAACCCCAGAUGGACAACCCUCCUGCUCCACAGCCCAAACGUCCUGAUGCCCCCUCACCAUCUGCGUCUGCAAUGAAAGAGGCGGGAUUUAAACCCACCAGGAACACGAAGACGAGAGGACCUGAUCGCCGUCUCCUGAUACCUCCUCCAGUUUCUCGAGAGCUUCCUGUAGAGACAGAGACCAUCCAGACACAGCUGCAUCAGAGCACCAAUGAAGAGCACUACACCUACACCAAUGUUCCCUGGAGACUGUACCUCAGGAAGGAGGUUUUUUAUCCAAAAGACAGCUUCAACAAUCCUCUGGUGCUGGACCUCAUAUUCAAACAGAUAGUGAACGACACUCUGUCAGAGGCGUGUGUUCGCAUCACCAGGGAUGAAAGGCAGAAAAUGAAAGCUCUUUUCGCUAAACACGGGGUUGAACAGAAUAUGGAUCCAGUGAAGGAACAUGUGAAGAAAACUAUCGUCACGGCAGCCAGGGAAACCUGGGAAAUAUACUUCUCCCGUCUGUUCCCUGCAUCGGGAAGUGUAGGAACAGGUGUGCAGGUGUUGUCAGUGUCCCACAGCGGCAUGAAGCUGUUAAAGACCGUAAAAAGCAACGCUGCAGCUCCAGACUACUUUAGAGUCCUUCGACCCUACACCUACGCAGACAUCCUGUUUGUAACCAUCCCCUCUGAGAACAUGCUGGAGUUCAAUCUGACUAAUGAGAAACUGAUCCUGUUCUCAGCCAAGGCACCACAAGUCAAACAUCUCAUAGACACCUUCAUCAGUGAGAUCAAAAAGGACUCAGACUAUGUGAUUGCAGAGCGAAACUUUGUGACAGACGACCGCUCGAUGCUCAGUUUUCACAAAGGUGACAUCAUCAGGCUGCAGGUUAUGGACGGGCUGGAGAAGGGUCACAGCUACGGCUGUGUGGUGAGGAAGAAGGUGGUGUUUUUGGAAGAUCUGAAAAGAGACACACAAGACUUUGGUUGGAAGUUUGGUGCCGUGUUCGGCCGCUCCGGUGCAUUCCCGGGCGAGUGCGUCCAUCCUAUUGCGCCUCCUGACUUCCUGUCGCUCCCACUGGACCGCAAGGCAGAGCCUCGAGGAGGAGCGGGACAGUUCGCCGUGUCAUCAGCUGUCGCCGUUGCCGUGGCAUCCACCAUGGCUGCACAUGAGAUAGAUCAAACAAUUGAGAAGGUUUGCCUUGAUGGCUUUUCUGAUGGAGAUCUGGAUGAGAGGAUGCUGCAGGACAGUAAAUAUGACAUGUUGGAGUUUGCCAAGAAGUACUUCAGACAGGGAACCAAUGGGAGGGGAGAUUCCCUGAAGAGCAAAAGCAAGAACAGAGACUCCAGAGAGCCCACUGAAAUGAUCAAGUUCUCCAAGACUCCUCUGACUGAGUCUCUGAUAGAGUUUACGGAUCCAGCCAUGAACAGAGUUGCAGCUGAUCUCUUCCUGUCUGUGAUGCGUUUCAUGGGUGACUCUCCGUCAAGGGGAUCGACAGAGCAGGAAGUGAUCAGCACGUUCCUCAAGCUCAUAGGAGAGUUCACAUUGAUGAGGGAUGAGGCUUACUGCCAACUCCUCAAACAGCUUACCGCUAACACCAGCUCCAAACCGGAUAGUUGCCAACGAGGCUGGAGGCUACUGUACAUUCUGACUGCUUUCCACCGCUGCUCUGAAGUCCUCAAGCCCUUCCUGCUGAAAUACCUGCAGCAAGCCUCUCGCAGUGCAGGAGCACAGUAUCAGGGCAUCGCUAAAGCAUGUGAGCAGAACCUGAAGAAGACGUUCCAGUAUGGUGGACGCAUUGUUCCACCUAACAGCAUGGAGCUGAAGGCUAUGAUGGCGGGACGUAGUUCAAAACGUCAGCUGUUUCUCUUUCCUGGAGGCAUUGAACGUCACGUGAAAAUCAAAACGUGCUCUGUUGCCCUGGAGGUGAUUGAGGAGCUGUGUUAUGAGAUGAGUUUGCACAGACUGGAGGCCAUGGAAGAAUAUGCCAUAUUUUUAGUCACCAAUAGAGGUCAAAAUGUGCGUCCUCUGAACAAGCACGAGUACAUCCUGGAUGUUGCGACAGAGGCAGAGUUGGUUGACACCAACUAUAGCUUCUGGUUCAGGCGAGUCAUCUGGACUCAGCCCCUCAAAUUCGAGAACGAGCUCUGUGUCGCCAUGCACUAUAACCAGAUCCUGCCAGACUACCGUAAAGGCCUGCUAAAUGUCCUUCCACAUGGAAAAGUGAGCGAGCAACAGUUCCACCAGAUCUCCAAACUGGCAGCUCUGCAGCACAGAGCCAAAGACAUCAUCUUCAUCCCCAGCAUACAUGAAUUAUCGGAGUACAUCGCCACACCUCUGUUCAAAAAGCAGCCACCCCAGCAGUGGGUUACCAUGGUGACCCAGCACAUGCAGCAAGUGCAGACCUUGAACCCACAUCAAGCCAGAGCACAGUUUUUGGGGCUUGUCAGUGCAUUCCCCAUGUUCGGCUCCUCGUUCUUCUACAUCCAGAGCAGCAGCUCCACCACCUUCUACGCCCCCUGUAUUGUCGCUGUCAGUCAACAUGGUCUCCACUUCCUGCACAAAAAUACACAUGAGCUGAUGGCAGUGGUCCCCCUGGUGGAGAUACAGUCCAGCCGCACCCAGAGGCCCAAUGCUGGAACGAGUUACCCAUAUGUAGACCUCACCCUGGGGGACACGAACACACAGCGGGUCAUUCAGCUGCAGUUGGAGCAGGGCCUGGAGUUGUGUCGAGUCAUCGCCAUGCAGGUGGAAAACAUGAUGUCUGUGCGGGAGAAGAGACUAACCCUGCCACCCAGUGAAAUCACCAUGUUAUAACACAUGCUCUUGCUUAAUUGUACGCACAAACUUGUAUGAUUACUCACAUACAUUAGAUGAAACUCUUAAAAAUACUCUACCUCUUCUUGUCUUGAGGUGUAUAUUGUGUGUGCCACACACACACACACACACACACACACACACACACACACUGAUAUCAUAUGUGUAAGUUUACCCUGAAGUUAGUCACACUUUUACUUUAUUAUUAUUCUGCAUUAACGAAACAAAAUGCAUCCUGAAGACAGUGAGAAUAUUGUGAGUCAAUAUAAGUUAAUUUUUCUUUCAGGUUGACACCUUUAUAAUUGUAGUUUUAAUUGAUUAAACACUAAAGAUGUUUUAUCUGUACAUAAGCUGUUAAUGAACACUGAGAAAGCGUCAUAGGCCUGUGCCUUGUCAUUACAAAGUUUUAUAACGGAUAUGUAACAUGUUUUUUUAUAUUUUUAUUGAUACUAUUACUGUAAGACUUGAUGCUAGUGUAAACAAUUGUUGUA